GUGUAUAAAUUAGAGCAGUAGGCCUGAAAUUGAAUAUUCAGGCACCUCGAUUUCUAGCUCAAGUCUGAAUCAUAGUUUCUCUCUGCUCUGUAUCUUGAUCAGUCCAUUUCAUAGUUCCAAUUCUUCUUCUUCUGAUGCAUUCAGACAGAGUGAAAGUUUUUUAACACCUCCAGCUUUGUAUUACAAUCAGUCAGUUCUGGAUUUCAGUUUGUUUCUUAGUCAGUGACAAUACCUCUGUGGAGUGUUGAGAAUCCACAAAGCUCAAGCUGCCAGUUUCACGUAUUGAAUCCUGAAGCACUUCUGAUUUUCCAGUCUCAGUUUCAGGAUUACACAGUCAGUGAGGACUAACAUUGAGUUGGAUUCUCUUCCAGUGGCAUUCUUCUUCUGAAAAUUUCAGAAUCUUCAAGUCUCAAGCUGCCAAUCGUUUCAGUACUUGACACCUGAUGCAUUUUUUAUUGCAUCAACUUUCCUGUCUCAACUUCGGAAUUACACAUUCUGUGAGUACUAACAUUGAGUUGUAUUCUCUUCAAGUGGAAAUCUCUCCUCGAAAUAUUCUGAAUCUACAAGGCUCAAGGUGCUAAGCCCUCCAGUAAUUGACGCCUGAGGCACUUGUGAUUGCACCAAUAUUAUCGUUUCAUUUCUGAACAGCUCAAUUGAGACUAACAGUGAGUUGGAAUUUUCUUUAGUUGCAUUUACUCUUUUCCUUCUUGACAAUCCAAUGUGCUCAUUCAGCCAGUGAAUCUCGGUGCAAUUGGCACGUUUCUUCAUUAGAAAACGGUCACUUGAACCAAGAGUUCUUGUCUCUGCUCAGCUUGCAAAAUUUCUGAGAUACCAUAUUAGCACAAUGGCCAAAUUGCUAUCUCCGUUCCUGAAAUCUAGCGUAAAAGCAGAUCAAGAAGAAUCAGAAGGGAGCAUCAGUAUUCUGGAGCUAACAAAGGAGGUUCUAGUGAGGGGGAUUGAUAAGGUUCCGAAUAAUCUGCUUGUGCCAGAAGAAUGCCGCCCCAAGAGAAUUCCAUGGGGAGAAAUCCCUGUUGUAGAUCUCUCCAAAAAGCACUCCGACAGAGGACAAAUUUGUCUAAAAAUGGGAGAUGCUGCCAGGAAUUGGGGAGCAUUUCAGGUAAUCAACCAUGCAAUUUCACCUUCAACCUUGAGGAAAAUGGAAAGCGAAGGAAAGGACUUUUUCUCUUCUCCCAUUCAAAAGAAGAUGCAGGUAAGGAAGGGAGUUACUAACCGAGCAUAUUACACUGGAAACAAUUCUGAGGAAAAAUGGCACAGUCUCCAUUGGGCAGAGAGUUAUGUGCAGCUCUGGAACAAGUGGACUGAAAUGGAUGACACUGUCGAGAAGCAAACAUCUGUCCUCUAUCCUCAAGGAAAUGAUGAGUACAGGCUUUUGGUUGCAGAAUUCAUGGAAGGGAUCAGGUCAACUACGGAACUGAUUAUGGAGCUGCUAGCAGAGUACCUGGGCCUGGAGUCGAAUUUUUUCUCAAAAUUCUGUUUUCCAAAUGGCACGUCAGUGACCAGAUGGAAUUACUAUCCACUUUGUCCAGUGGCAGAUAUGACCCUUGGUGCUCGUCAACACACCGACCCCAAUUUCAUCACUCUCUUAUAUCAGGAUGGUGUAGGAGGGCUGCAGGUGGAAAAAAAUGGAGAGUGGUAUGGUGUUCGACCGAUCAAAGAAGCACUGGUCAUCAAUAUUGGUGACGGCUUCCAUAUAAUCAGCAACGGUUACUUCAAGACGGUGCUUCAUCAAGUGGUGGUCAACGAACAUUCACAUCGGCUGUCUAUGGUGUGUGCAAUAUAUCUGGAAAAUCAUGCAGAUCUAUCUGCUCCAGAACAGCUCGUCAGUGAAAGAGUUCCUCGUCUGUAUCAGAAGAUAUAUUCUUAUGAGUACUGGAACUUAAUAUUUGCUGGAAGAGAGAAGUCGUCGCCCAUGGAUGCUAGUGUUUUGAACGGUCUGAAUGUCUUAAAGAAUUUACGGAUCUUCUAAACAUGUCACUAUCGACAAGGCAUAGUUCUGAGGAUGCUGAUGUCUUUAGGAUGUCUCUUAGCAUGGACUUAAUAACACAGUUAUGAGCAUGCUGAUGUCUUCAGUAAGUCUCCUAGCAUGGUUCCAAUAAAGGCAGCCUGAGUCACUGCCUGAUUUCACGUUUUGAUUGAGAAAAAAGCGAGACUAUUAUUUAUAGGUUUUUGUAGGAUGAUCGUUAUCUUUCUUCUGCUAGAGGAGUUUUACACAUAUACGUGUAUCCUCUUGUCACUAA